CAUUUUAAUGACUAUAACUCAUUGUGUUUCUUUUUGUGUUUUAGUUGCUGAAGCUUCUUACUGAUUUUCAACCUAAUCGGUCAAUCAGCGAGGCUCAAGAGUCCAGGAAACAUCAAAAGAGAGAUGAUGAACAACAUCAGCUCCGAUUCCUGUGACAACAUUGACUUCAGCUCUGACCAGACCUUUCUCUCUGUGCUCUACGGCUUAGUCUUCUGCAUUGGACUGCCCGCCAACUGCCUGGCCCUCUACGGGCUGUAUCGUCUGGUCAAGACUGACAACGCCCUUCCUGUCUACGUCAUCAACCUGCUCUUAUCAGACCUGCUGCAGAUCAGCACGCUGCCUCUCUGGAUUGACUACUACAGCCACGGGCACGUGUGGCGCUACGACAGGACAGCAUGCGUCUUCGUCUGCGUCAUCUCCAACAUCAGUCUUUACAGUAGCAUCUUUUUCCUGUGUUGCAUCUCUCUGGAGAGAUACCUGGCCAUCGCCCACCCUCUGUGGUAUAGAAACCUGCACCCCCACAAGCUGGCUGCUGUGACCUGUGUGGGUCUGUGGGUUGUUGUUACCUUGGUGGUCUUAAUGGACUAUCACAUUGGUUUGGGAACCGUAACAGAUCCCCAAUGUUCAGAACAUUACCCAAGGAAGUGGAGCUAUGCAAUGUUCCAGUUAUUUCUCAAGAUUUUCACCUUUCCUUUGCCGUUGUUCCUGCUAGUUUUUGUUCACAGAAGGACCCGGAUGAGCCUUGCCGAUUCCCUUUCAGUGAGUGCUGAAGAGAAGGAAAGGAUCAGCCGCUUGCUAGCCCUAGUGGUGAUCAUAUUUAUCCUGGUCUUUGGUCCUCACCACCUCAUUGUGUUUGUGAAAUGCAUUGGGCUAAUUGUUCUUGUUGAGAACUGUGGAUUUGAGGCGAGGAUUUUUCUCUGUUACCAGAUUUCAUCGGGAUUACUGAGCCUGAACAGCCUCCUGGAUCCCGUCUUGUAUAUAUUCGUUUGUAGAGAUGUCAGGAAGGAGAUGUUGGAGUCUUUUCCUUGCUUUCGGAAUGCUAUAAAGCUGUGGAGAGAACUCAGAGCUGAUCAGGAUGGAACGUCUGUGUCCACUUCCCCAUCACGUGUGUGACAAUACUGGGCUUUUUCAACGCAUCGCUGUACACUUUUAGCAGUGACGUGGGUCUAAGUUUAACAACCAAACAAGUGUUCUAGAACUAGAACGGGCUCCCCAAGAGAAAGACCUCGUGCUGUAAUAAACUUUUCGCUGUCAGCAACCAGGCAAAACAAAAAGGCAAGCAAUGCUUGGGUAUAUAGCCAGAAGUGUAGAGUACAAAUCAAAGAUUAUAUUAUAAGGAGUAUAAUUCACAGGUGAGACUGCACCAGGGGUGCCACCACCAAGGGGGCCAAGGGGGCCAUGCCCCCCCACACACACACUUUUCCUACUGGGGGGGUAUGGUUAUUUUUUCUCUGAAAAAAUAAAUCUGCCUACAGGAUUUUAAACAAAGAGGUCACCUUGAAUUCACUCUACCAAUCUACACAACACAAACUGAACUAAACAUGGCAGUAUGUAUUUUAUCAGGUACAUUUGUUUUUUAUAAUCCUUAUCACUCUAUAAUUAAAAUAACUGAUCUCAUUGUGAGAAGCGAAUACUCCUCCGUUCAGAGUUAAACUGCGAGAGGUAAUAAGUGCAUGCAAUUUUGUAUGAAAUCUGAACCAAAUGAAGUCUAUAUAUAUAGAGAGAGAGAGAGAGAGAGAGAGAGAGAGUGAGAGAGAGCGAGAUAGAUAUUUUAAAACCUCACCGUGAUAGUGAAAGACUGAAUUUGAAAAGGAUUUUCUGUUUCAUUUUGUCUGCGCGACUUGUUUUUUGUUUAACCUGUUGUUCUGGCUGGGUGAGCUGUGUUUUUGAUAUAUGAAAAUGAACCUCCAACGCUUCAGUCCUGAGCCACCUUGCCACAGCAUCAGCCAGAAGUAACUUUUUACUUCUAAGUCUUUUUUUUACCCCGAAUAUUCAAAUUUGUUCAUUAAAAGAACAGUCUAAAAUAAAGACAUUUAUCACUGUUGCAGGAAUUUAAAACUUAAGACAAGUUAAACAGUCCCAAUACCGCAAACAGUGGAGAAACACUGAUCUGCCGAGACAUCUGCAUGGUCCUAGAAUAAAGGGUGACAACCACAAUCUAUAAAUGUGUAACUUAAAUAGUUCACAUUUCCCAGAAGAGGCACCGUUAAACUGAACACAGGAUAGCUAAGUUAAAUGUACGGUUUCCAUAGACAUUGAUAAAGGAAGUAGCAUUUACAGCUCAGGUGUUUACAGGAAGUAAUCUUGCUAUUUUCAUAG